UAUUCCACAAUUGAGAUUAAUUAAAAUAUAUAUGUUUGACUUUAUUAUCUGCUCUAAAUGUAACUGUUUUGCUUUUUGGCAGAAAAGGUGAUCAAUGUGAAAUUGUGAUCAUGGACAAAGAUAAAAUGUCUUCAACUAUGAUUAUGUUAAUCAUCAUUUUAAUGUUGCAUGUUGUUUCUUGUACAGACCAUCUUAUUAUAGAUACUUACUGUCCAGAUAAUUUCCCAUUUUACACUUCCAACACUUCAUUCCAUAAGAAUCUCAAGCUUCUCAUGGAAACUCUCUCCUCCAAUAUAGCAGCUUCAAACACAAGUUACUUCAACAACACAUCAAUAGGACAAGGACUAGACAAAGUGUAUGGACAGGCACUAUGCAGAGGAGACAUAACAAACUCCACAGUUUGCAAAGAAUGCAUUGAGAAAGCAAGCAAAGAUUUAAUGAAUAGGUGUAAGAGUGAGGAUGCAAUGGUAUGGUAUGAACUUUGUCAAGUUCGGUACUCGUUUCAGAUGUUUUUUUCAGACGCGGUUUAUACUGGAAAAUAUCCUAAGCAGAAUGAUCUAGAGAAGCGCGUUUCGGAUCCUACUAGUUUCCAACAAGUGUUGACUUAUUUAAUGAACAAUCUUUCAAAUGAGGCUGCUUUUAAUCCUGCUAAGAAUAUGUUUGCAACUGCAGAAAUUGAAUUUUCUGCGAAGAAGGAAAGAAUUUAUGGACUUGUGGAAUGUACUAAGGACGUUUCUGAAACGGACUGCGGAAGUUGUUUGAGUUCUGCAGUCACAGAACUCAAUGCAUGCUGCUCAUACAGGGAAGGAGGGAUUAUUGUUAGUCGAAAUUGCAACGUUAGGUUCGAUCUCUUUCAGUUUUUUAAUGCUUCAUCAGCAGCAUCCCUUUUGAUUUUUCCAACUUCCAAAGGAGGGAAAUGGAAGCCUUGGAUGUAUGUGUUAACUAUAUGCGGCUCAAUUUCGAUAUUGGCAGUUCUUAUUGGGUUGUGCACUGCUUGCCGCCGGCAGAAAAAUGAUAGAGACAAAGACGAAGAAAGAAGCGAAAGGAUGCUAUUUCAAGAAUUGUCUAGCCCCAAAAAUGUAGCAAUCACACAAGAAGGUGAGUUGAUUAGUUCUGAUCAACUGUUGUUCAUGACUUUAGCAACCAUUAAGGCGGGUACCGAUGACUUUUCUAAUACAAAUAAGCUUGGACAAGGAGGGUUUGGUGCCGUCUACAAGGGUGUUCUACCAGAUGGUAAUGAAAUAGCUGUAAAAAGAUUGUCAAAAAAGUCUUGGCAAGGCAUAGAGGAAUUCAAAAAUGAGAUCAUUCUAAUAGCUAAACUUCAACACAAGAAUUUGGUUAAAUUGUUGGGAUGUGUCUUAGAAGGAGAGGAAAAGAUACUCGUAUAUGAAUUCAUGUCAAAUAGAAGCCUUGAUCAAUUUAUAUUUGAUCCAAACAAACGUCCUAAACUUGAUUGGAAGACAUGUUAUGGCAUCAUUGGCGGCAUAGCGAGAGGACUACUUUAUCUGCAUGAGGAGUCUCGGCUUAAAAUCAUUCACCGAGACCUAAAGCCAAACAAUGUGUUGUUAGACCAUGAACUAGUAGCAAAAAUAUCAGAUUUUGGUAUGGCGAGGAUGUUUUCUGAGAAUCAGAAUACAGCAAACACAAAAAGAGUGGUGGGAACACAUGGAUAUAUGGCUCCAGAAUAUGCAAUGGAAGGACUAUUCUCCGUGAAAUCUGAUGUCUUCAGCUUCGGCGUAAUCAUGCUUGAAAUCAUCAGUGGGAAAAGAAAUGGCGGCUUUUACCUAACCGAACUUGCCCCGACUCUGCUAGCAUAUGCUUGGAAGCUGUGGAAUGAAGGAAAAGGAUUAGAAUUUGCAGAUCCUAUAUUAUUGGAAUCAUGUCUUGAUUAUGAGUCUGAAGUUCUUAGGUGCAUUCAUAUUGGGCUCUUGUGUGUGCAGGAAGAUCCACAACAUAGGCCGACCAUGUCAAAUGUUGUGGUUCUAUUGGGAAGUGAAUCAAUGGUUCUUCCUCAACCGAGACAACCAGCAUUCUCUUCGGGUAAGAUGAUUCGCGUAGAUCCAUCUGCAUCAACAAAUUGUUCAUUGAAUGAUAGUAUAUGGUCUAAUAUUUCACCACGAUGAUUAUAGACAAUGCAUUCUUCACUAUAAGUGUAACACGGAACUUAGGACAUGAUAACAUACCAUAUAUGUUUUGCGAAAAUUCGAACUCCAUUUCUGAUAUGGAAUGUUGUGCUAAUGAAUAAGUUAUAAAUAUGGUUUUUGCUAUACUAA